AUGAACCACACUGUGACGUCCCCGGUGUACGGCGGGGGGAGCGCGGAACCCAGCUCAGCCACACCCCCUUAUAAUGGCACCCGGGGGGCGGAGCAUGGUGGAAAUCCCCCACAGUGGGCACCUGGCUGCUCUCUCUUGGCAUUGUCACUGUGAUCGGACUGGCUGUGGCGAUGGUUCUGUACAUCAGGAAACAGAAGAGGCUGGAGAAGCUCCGUCACCAGCUGAUGCCGAUGUACAACUUUGACCCGGCGGAGGAGCAGGAAGACCUGGAACAGGAGCUGCUGGAGCCAAACCGAGAUCUCCAGCCUCAAGGAAAGGUUCUCCUGACCAGCCUGUGCCCGCUGCAGAGACCCACCCGACUGGUCUUCACGGACGUUGCCAAUUCCAUCAAUGCCUGA